AUGACCGAGGAAAACCCCCAUUUAACGCCACCCUCCUUCGAGCAACAUCCCACCGGAUUUGGCAUUGAGGUCGCUGCACCGCGCAUUUCAUGGCGUUUCCUCUCAUCACCAUCCACGACUCAAAAUUGGGAACAGUCUGCGUAUGAUGUUGAAUUAAUUCAUCUCCCCGGUUCCAAGGUCGAAACGUACCACAUUUCCAGUGGGAACUCGGUACUAGUUCCCUGGCCUAGCCGGCCCUUGCUCUCUCGAGAACGGGCUCGUGUGCGAGUUCGUGCUUAUGGGAGAACAAAAACCAGUGAGCAUACAAAGGAUUCAGGAGAAACCGACUGGUCCCCAUGGGCGAUGGUGGAGUGUGCUCUCCUGAACCGUUCGGACUGGAUCGGACGGCCAAUUACUAUCGCGGAAGAACGCGAAGUAAACGGACCCCAGCGCCCACUGCGAUUUCGAAAGACAUUUACAAUUCCAUUGACGGAAGGUAUCAGCAAAGCCAGACUGUAUAUGACGAGUUUAGGUAGCUACACGGCAUAUAUCAAUGGGCGGAGAGUCGGGGAUGAAUGCCUUGCGCCGGGGUGGACGAGUUACCAUCAUCGGAUCAACUACCAGGUGUUUGAUAUCGCGACCCUGGUUGAACCAGCCCGAGUGAACGUCAUUGCUGUAGAAGUCGGGGAAGGGUGGUAUGCGACCCGGUUGGGGUUCCUGGGGGGGAAGCGCUGUAUCUGGGGGAAGGAUUUGGCGGUGCUGGCCCAGAUAGAGAUGGUUUCAGAGGAUGGAGAAGAGUUCAGGCUUGUUUCCAAUGAUUCUUGGAAGUGCAAGUUGAGUGCUAUUAUCCGGUCCGAGCUCUACGACGGAGAGCUGUAUGAUGCGCGAGAGGAGGAAGAAGGGUGGAAUGGGGGCGAGGCUUUUGAUGACAGCUCGUGGCUGCGAACAAGGAGCCUUGCAUUGCCCUCUGCCCAGUUAGUUAUUCCCGAUGCUCCCCCAGUUCGAGUUAUCGAAGUGAUCAAACCGGUUGAGAUCUUCACUACGCCGCUGGGGAAGACGGUUAUUGAUUUUGGUCAAAAUAUGGUUGGAAAACUGUGUAUCCAUCAUCUGAAGAAGCCAUCAGGAACUAAACUGACGUUUGCGCAUGCAGAGGUGAUGGAGACUGGAGAGCUUGGAGUACGUCCUCUUCGUGACGCAAAAUGUACUGAUCAAAUCAUCACAUCCGAUGAAGACCUGGUGGAUUGGUCCCCCAAGUACACCUACCAUGGCUUUCGCUACGUGCAGGUGGACGGGUGGUCAACAGCAGACAAGAUCUGCCCUCUAACAACAUUGAGCGUGAGUGCCUUGGUGAUGCAUACAGAUAUGGUUCGCUCGGGUCAUUUUUCCUGUUCCCACCCGAUGGUGAACAAACUACAUGAGAAUGCUGUGUGGAGCAUGCGUGGAAACUUCUUCUCAGUCCCUACUGAUUGUCCCCAACGAGACGAGAGGUUAGGGUGGACUGGUGACAUUCAGAUUUUCUGUCCGUCUGCCAAUUUUCUCUACAACACGGCCGGGAUACUAGGGGAUUGGCUAAAGGAUGUAGCACUGGAGCAUCUCUCCCUGGAGCACGCUAUCCCCCCCCUUGUUAUCCCGAAUGCCCUUGAAGACCGCUGGGAUGGGGAUCCCCACGCAGUAUGGGAUGACGCGACUGUUCUAACACCCUGGGCACUCUAUCAGUCAUAUGGUGACGUGGAGAUCUUGCGCCGGCAAUAUCAAAGCAUGAUCACAUGGGUUGACAGGGGCAUUCCUCGCGGACCAGACGGGCUUUGGAACAUUGAGCGCUGGCAACUAGGUGACUGGCUCGAUCCCACUGCGCCACCAGACCAGCCAGGAAAUUCCAGAACCAACGCGACCCUUGUAGCUGAUGCAUACCUGAUCCGGGUUACCCUGAUUAUUGCGCAAGUCUCUGAGAUCCUUCAUGAAGAGUCCAACGCCACCCGCUAUCACGAUGACUAUCUCCGUCUGAAAGCGAUAUUUCAACAGAAAUAUAUCGCCCCUUCAGGUCUUAUUAUUGGCGAUUCCCAAACAGCCCUUAGUCUCGCCCUAAUGUUCGCCCUCUACGACACGGACAAGCAGAAGGCCACAGCAGGAGAACGGCUAGCAUACCUCGUCCGUCUCGCAGCUUUCCGUGUAUCGACUGGCUUCGUUGGCACCCCAAUUAUCACACACGCACUGACCAGUGCAGGGUACUCACAGCUGGCCUAUCGAAUGCUCCUUGAAAAAGGUUGCCCUUCCUGGCUGUACCCGAUUACCAUGGGGGCCACCACUGUUUGGGAACGCUGGGAUAGCAUGACACCAGACGGCUCUAUCAAUAGCGGCGAGAUGACUAGCUUCAAUCAUUAUGCUCUCGGGUCAGUAAUUAACUGGCUGCACACCACUGUUGCGGGUAUAUCUCCAAUUGAUCCCGGCUGGAAGAAGAUCAGGGUCCAGCCCAUUCCGGGGGGUACGAUAACCUCUGCACGGGCGACUUACGAAACUUCGUACGGCAGGGUAGAGUGUGCUUGGAAGGUGCAGGACAACGAUAUAUUUGUUCUAGACCUCGCUGUACCACCGAAUAGCAGCGCCCUCGUUAUCCUUCCUGGUCGUGAUGAGGAACAAUGGGUGGGAUCAGGUCGGCAUUCGUUUUGUGGGGGAUAUGCCCCGGGGCCAUGGCCACCAGAGCCGAUUCGGGACUUUCUCGGUCAGCCCAGUGUUGAAUUUAUUGCUUAA